UAUGGUGGUAAAACAGGUUAAUAUUAGUAAACUAUAUAACACAUGUAUAAAAAUUUAACUUAUCUUAAACUUUUUAAUAUACAGUAAUUUAUUAUAUAAAAUUAAUAAACAUUAAAAAAUUACUAAAAAAAUCUAGCGAUUUGAAUUACAGAUAUGAUUAUAAUAAAUUAAAUACAAAAUUGUUUUCAUAUAUGUUGUUUCAUUCAUUAAAAAAAUUAGUUUAGCAAUCAAAUGCAAAUUCAAUUGGACAUAUAUAUAAUAAACAACAUAUAUAUGUGAUGAUUUUAAUUUACAGCAUGAAAAAUAUAAAAUUAUUAUAUUUGACAUAAUUAUACAAACAUUUAAAUAUGUGAGUAACAUUAAAAAUAUAUAAUAAAUAUGUAAAACAAAUAUUUAUAUAUAUAUAUAUAUAUAUAAAUGUGAAAAUAUAUACCCGCACGUUUGUGCGGGUGAAAAUCUAGUUUAAUAUUAAAAAGCUUAACGAGAUUUAGUUGGAGUAUUUUUAUUGAAUUAUUGCUAAAUCAAGAUUUAUAAUAUUUUCUUAAGGUAUAUAAAACAUAUAAACUUACAUCAUUUAGAAACAGAGUGAGCAUUAGUUUUUACUUUUCAACAUAGUUAAUUAAACUAAACUCAGGGUAGUCUAAACCUGUGGGAGGCUUGAUUUAUCGACCAACUCUGUUUGUUUUAUGAACUUUAACUUUGUUUGACAACAAUGAAAACACCACGAAAAAACUAUUCAAUCGUGUUGAAAAAAAAAAUGAAAAAAAAGAAAAAAAUCCAAAUCAAUUAUUUUUCAGGAUGGUGUUGACUUUUAAACAAAGGAGACGACAGUUUUCCAAGACCUCUGAUUCCAAUUGGCAAUUAGGUUCUUUUUUUCUGAGUAAAGUCUUCGUCAAACGAUAGUCAAAUCAAAACCAUGUAAUUUUUUUUUAGAAUUAAAUCAAAACCAAGUAUUGAUCGUAUGAAUUGAUUUUUUUUUUUGCGUGUAUAAACAAGGUAUCUAAUCUUUUUUUUUAUAAUUCGGAUAAACCGACCUGAUCCGAUUAAAAAUAUAUUUGGUGUUUAAUAUGCAACUUAAAAUUAUAAUUUUAUUAUUUUUCUCCAACCACAUUUUCGUUAAUUGAUUUGCCUUCCUCUUAUUUGUUGCAUGUGAAAAAAAAACAGGAAGCUAUUUUUUUUAAGUUCGAAUAGUUCAAAUUGACAAUAUUAAAAUACGCAUAUAAGCAUAUGUUUGUUUAUUCGAGACAUAAACAAUAUAAUGUACCUGAAAUUUCUACUAUAUUCACUGGUGUCGAUAAAAUAAAUAAUUUUAUUUGAUCUUUCACGUUGUCAUCGAUUAUAAACCGUAAAAACUAAAUUCAAAAACAUGGGAUACGGACUACUUGGCAAGCCAUUAAGAGAAUUUUUAUCAAAAGAAAAAAAAAGAAGACAUUAAGAGAAUUAUUCUUCCAUCUAAGAUGUUCAGGGUUUACCAAUCAAAGGAUGAUGGUAGAUUGGAGUUUGUUUUUAAUUUUAAUCAUCAAGUAAUUAAAUUUAAAAAUUUCUGGUGUAAUCAUUGAUCAUUCGUUAGUCUUGAUAUUAUACUAAUGAAAAGUCAUUGGUUGGAGAAAAGUUGAAAGGAGCCCAUAAACGAAGACCAGCGAUGCUUCCUUCCACGUUACAAAACGAAACCAAGAGAACCUUUCUCUUCACUAUAUAAACCAUUUGCUCAUCAUCUUCUAACUACACAAAUUCUUCAAUAUCAAACAAUAAACAUUACAUAUAAUUUCCAUCUACUCUUCUUUUGUUCAUUCCAAACCCAGAGAAACACAAAGGUUGGAGAACUCAAGUGAAUUGAAAGAAGAUGGUUUUGUCUAAGACAGCUUCGGAAUCUGAUGUUUCAAUCCAUUCAACUUUUGCUUCUCGUUACGUCCGUACCUCUCUGCCACGAUUUGAGAUGCCUGAGAACUCGAUCCCAAAGGAAGCAGCGUACCAAAUCAUCAACGACGAGCUAAUGCUCGACGGUAACCCUAGGCUUAACCUAGCCUCAUUCGUGACCACGUGGAUGGAGCCAGAGUGUGACAAGCUCAUGAUGGAAUCCAUCAACAAGAACUACGUCGACAUGGAUGAGUACCCUGUCACCACCGAGCUUCAGAACCGAUGCGUCAACAUGAUCGCGCGUCUCUUCAACGCACCGCUCGGUGACGGUGAGGCUGCGGUUGGCGUCGGCACCGUGGGAUCAUCGGAGGCGAUUAUGUUGGCUGGUUUGGCCUUUAAGAGACAAUGGCAGAAUAAGCGUAAGGCUCAAGGGCUUCCUUAUGAUAAGCCCAAUAUCGUAACCGGAGCUAAUGUUCAGGUUUGCUGGGAGAAGUUCGCAAGGUAUUUCGAGGUGGAGCUUAAAGAAGUGAAGCUAAGAGAAGGAUACUACGUGAUGGACCCUGAGAAGGCGGUCGAAUUGGUAGACGAGAACACAAUCUGUGUUGCAGCCAUUCUCGGUUCAACGUUAACCGGAGAGUUCGAAGACGUUAAGCUCCUUAACGACCUCCUAGUCGAGAAAAACAAGCAAACCGGAUGGGAUACGGGGAUCCAUGUGGAUGCAGCGAGUGGUGGGUUUAUUGCUCCUUUCUUGUAUCCAGAGCUGGAGUGGGAUUUCCGGUUACCAUUGGUUAAGAGCAUAAAUGUGAGUGGUCACAAAUACGGUUUGGUUUACGCUGGAAUCGGUUGGGUUGUAUGGAGAACCAAAUCCGAUUUGCCUGAUGAACUUAUCUUCCAUAUCAAUUAUCUUGGCGCUGACCAACCGACCUUCACUCUCAACUUCUCCAAAGGUUCAAGUCAAGUGAUUGCUCAGUACUACCAGCUGAUUCGUCUUGGAUUCGAGGGAUAUCGCAACGUGAUGGAAAAUUGUCGUGAAAACAUGAUGGUCCUAAGACAAGGAUUAGAGAAGACAGGACGUUUCAACAUAGUCUCCAAGGAAAACGGUGUUCCAUUAGUGGCGUUUUCAUUAAAAGACAGUAGUCGCCACGACGAGUUCGAAGUGGCUGAGACUCUCCGUCGCUUUGGGUGGAUUGUUCCGGCCUACACGAUGCCCGCGGAUGCUCAACAUGUCACCGUCCUCCGAGUGGUGAUUCGAGAAGAUUUCUCUCGAACCUUAGCCGAGAGGUUGGUCGCAGACUUCGAGAAGGUGCUUCACGAGCUUGAUACGCUUCCGGCAAGGGUUCACGCUAAGAUGGCCAACGGAAAAGCUAACGGUGUUAAGAAGACUGAGGAGGAAACCACGAGGGAAGUUACUGCGUAUUGGAAGAAGUUUGUGGAGACAAAGAAGAGUAACAAGAACAGGAUUUGCUAAUGAAAUUUAAUGAAUUAAUGUUCUGUUGUUUUAUCCCUAAUAAUGCUCCCUUUGAAACCCUUUUCUCCCAUGCCAGCUGCUCAGAUUAUUUUUGGUUUCAAAUUUUCCUUUUUCAUGAUUUGAUGUUGAUGA